ACAAUUAAGAUAUCAAAUACCCCCACUCUAUACACAUGCAAGCCCGUCAAUUUGCAUCAAUUUCGAACUGGCACUUACUCCAAAUCUACAUUGGGCCUAAAAAUUCUGAGUCAGGGCUGAAUCGCCAUUCUCCCUAAUUUUUACUUGUCAACUUCAAAUUUCAGAAUAGUUUCAAACGCGGCUGUGGCUACGCUUACUCUAAACCCUAAACCCACAACCCUCAGAGUUGCUUGUUCUGCGACAUCAUGGGCAUUGGACGUAGGAAGAAUAACGAUGAUGGGGGAGAGUUGGAAGAGGUGGCAGAGGGGGAAAACAGAAAAAGUGCUAUGCCGAAAUCUACUCGAAAAUCAAAAGCAAGAGAACAUAUGAACCAAUUACUAAGACUUCAAGAGAAGGAUCCAGAAUUCUAUCAGUUCUUGAAAGAACAUGAUAAGGAGCUUCUAGAGUUCAAUGAUGAAGACAUUAAUGAAGAUGCUGAAACUGAUGUGGAUGAUGAUGGAGUGCAAGAAGAUGUGGAUGACAGUGAACGUGAUGCCAGUGUUGCGAAGAUGGUACAACAACCAUCAAAAAAUGUUAUUACAACCGAAAUGGUUGAUUCUUGGUGUAAUUCUAUUCAGAAAAAUGCCAAAUUAGGAGCGGUUCGUUCUCUUAUGCGUGCUUUUAAGACUGCUUGCCAUUAUGGUGAUGAUGACAAAGAUGAUUCAUUGUCAAAGUUUAGCAUUAUGUCUAGUAGUGUAUUCAAUAAGAUAAUGCUGUUUGUUUUAAAUGAAAUGGAUGGGAUUCUUCGAGGAUUGCUGAAAAUACCCGCUUUGGGAGGAAAGAAAGAAACCAUAAUAAAUUUGAUGACUACAAAAGAGUGGAAGAAUCAUGGCCAUUUAGUAAAGUCAUAUCUUGGAAAUGCCCUCCACAUCUUAAACCAAAUGACAGACACAGAGAUGAUCUCAUUCACCUUGCGACGUCUCAGAUAUUCAGCGAUGUUUUUGGCUGCAUUUCCAAGCCUCUUAAGGAAAUACAUUAAGGUUACUCUUCACUUCUGGGGUACAGGUGGAGGGGCCCUUCCUGUUGUUUCCUUUCUAUUUAUAAGAGAUUUAUGCAUUCGGUUGGGUGCAGAUUGCUUAGAUGAAUACUUCAAAGGAAUAUACAAGGCCUAUGUUUUAAAUUGCCGGUUUGUAAAUGCAACGACAUUGCAGCAUAUUCAGUUUCUUGGGAAUUGUGUCAUUGAACUUUACGGGGUGGACCUACAAACUGCGUAUCAGCAUGCCUUUGUUUUCAUUCGGCAGUUGGCAAUGAUUUUACGAGAGGCAUAUACGAUUAAGAAGAAGGAAUCAGUUUUGAAAGUUUAUGAAUGGAAGUUCAUGAAUUGCCUUGAGCUCUGGACUGGGGCUGUUUGUGCCUACAGUUCUGAGGCAGACUUUCGUCCACUUGCAUACCCACUGACACAAAUAAUUUCUGGGGUGGCUCGUUUGCUUCCAAGUGCACGUUAUUUCCCUCUGAGGUUGAAGUGCGUUAGAAUGCUUAAUCGAAUUGCAGCUUCUAUGGGUACUUUUAUCCCUGUUUCCAUGCUGCUUUUGGAUAUGCUGGAAAUGAAAGAACUGAAUAGACCACCAACAGGGGGUGUUGGCAAAGCUGUAGAUUUGCGUACCUUGUUGAAGGUAAGCAAGCCAACAUUAAAGACACGUGCAUUUCAGGAGGCAUGUGUUUUCUCUGUGGUUGAAGAGAUUGCUGAACAUUUGGCUCAAUGGAGCUAUUCUGUUGCUUUCUUUGAGUUGGCAUUUAUUCCAACUGUCCGGUUACGAAGCUUUUGUAAGACUACCAAAGCUGAGAGGUUUCGCCGGGAAAUGAGACAGCUCAUUCGUCAGAUUGAGUCCAAUAUUGAGUUUACAAAUGCAAAGCGUGUGACCAUUUCAUUUUCACCAAAUGAUCCAGCUGCAGCAUCCUUUCUUGAGGUGGAGAAGGAAUCAGGAGCUAGCCCCCUAUCACAAUAUGUUGUUACCUUGCGCCAAAGAGCAGAUGAAAGAAAGAAUUCAAUGGUGGAAUCCAGCGUUCUUGUUGGAGCACAAUCAUCUGUCUUUGGGAAUAAGAUGUCAGGAACCGAUGAAGAAGACAAUAUGGAAAAUGAGGAAGGUGCUGCUGUUUUUAGCUCGUCCUGGUUACCAGGGGGUGAUAAUAAGUCUAAACAUCAAAAGGUUGAUGAUGAUGAGAAGAGGAAGAAGAAAAAAAGAAUGAAGAAACAACAUACACAACAGCAAGAGUUAGAAGAGGAUGUUGUGGAGGACUUGGUCUUAAGUUCAGAUGAAGAUGGGUCCAUCAGUGACUCCCCUUCUGUGGAGAGGGAGGAGAAACCAAAAGCUAACAAGAAAAGGAAACGAUCUAGAGAUUUAUCAAAGAAGAAAGGACAAUCCCAUGCAAAGAAACAGAGGAAAAAGGCUGCAAAUCAACAAGGGAUUUGAAUUUGGCAAGUUUACCUGAUCCUCGACAUAAAAGCACAGAAAUUUUGAUUUACCAAGCGGAGUUGUACAGAAGAGGCUAACUGAGUUUGUACCUGAAUUUAUGUGGAUUUGUUGUUGUAAAAUUGAUUUAUUCGGCAUUUCAAAGAUUGUUUAAAAAAAGCAUUUCGAAGAUUCCUUGAUGUUUA